CGAGACUGAGGGAGAAAAAGAUUCAGACGCGAAAGUUUGUAAAAUUAUGCAGGGUGUAAGACACAAUUAUGAACCAGUGGGUUGCGAUAAUGCUGGAUUUGACCAUUCAUUUACCAACCGAGAGAUUGCAGCGCGCAGAAGUUUGGCACACUUGUUUCAGAAAACUGUAAUGGAAGAGGCAACAGAAUCUUUAGCCCAGCCACAAACGGAAAGUCCAGAUUACGCAGAACUGUCAGAAAUGUUUGAAGACAUUGAUUUAGAAAUAGAUCAAGAUGACGAUUAUGGAACUUCAGAAAGAAUUAAAUAUCAAACCAAAAAGAAGUCAAUUUCAAACUGUUCUCUCAAUACUUUAAAGUCAGACUUCUCACCGUAUCCUAUUGAAGCUAGAGCAGUUGUAAGCGACACAGUUUUAUUAGAUGAUCCAACAAUUACACCAACUAGAACACCAAGUUUUAUGAAAGCCAUAUCAGCUUCUGAAACAGGUUUAGAAGCGGCUAAGAAAGUUGUCGUGCCAGGUCCUUCCCUAUCAAAUUUACAAGUCUGUAAAAGCCAGUCGCAUAAAUCACUCAAGUUAUCACCAUCUAGUGUGACAUCAUUACCGACCAGUCCCAGAGGUCCCAAUUUGACUUCUACCCCAGGCAUCAAUGAUGGAACUUCAAAUCCACAUUUAUCUUCAAGUAUUUUAAGUGAUACUGGCAUAUGUCGUAUUUGUCAUGAAGGUGAUGCACAUGAAGAAUUAGUAGCACCAUGUUAUUGUGCUGGAUCUGUUGGAGUUUUACAUGUAACAUGUCUAGAGAGAUGGCUUGGAACCUCCAAUACAACACGCUGUGAAAUCUGUAAAUAUCAGUUCAAAGUAGAAAGACAAGCUAGAUCUUUUUGGCAGUUUUUAAAACAGCCAUCAGAGAACACAGAAAGAAGAAAUAUGAUUUGUGAUAUUGUAUGUUUUUUUAUAUUGACACCCUUAACUGGUAUCAGUGCAUUUCUAUGUAUGAUGGGUGUCCGACAUUAUGCUCAAUGGGAUGGAAGGUGGGAAGUCCCUGGUUUAGCCAUAUUAACUAGUUGUCUACUUAUGAUAUAUGCAGUGUGGUGCUUCGUUGCAAUGAGACAUCAUUAUAAAGUUUGUCGAGAUUGGCAAACCAACAACCAGAUUAUAAAAAUCAAAUAUUUGUCACCAACAAAAGGAAAAGCCAUCUUAGAAACUAAACCAGUACAAGAUAAGAACCAGUCGUACAUUUCACCCACACGGCAGAAUCUUAUCUCACCUUGUACUUCAACCCCAUCCCCUGCUGGUGCUGUCCCUUCAUAUAAUGCAGCUAUGCUUCGCCCUAUUCUACGAUACUCCUCAAAUUUACAGUCAUUUAGUUCCCCAUCCGAUCAUUUCCCCUCAGAUUAUUCCUACAGACAAAGUGUUGUGUGGAGUGAAACUGAAAUUGGAAAUAGUGAUAGAAAUAAUUUUAUAUCCAGCUCUGUUGUGUAA